AUGACCACCUUUACGGGACAGGCUGGCGUGGGUUUACUACUCACGCCUACCUGCCCCGUCCGAAACGUUCAAGACGUCACGCGCCGGCAUGUCAGCUCCUCAGAGCUGCUGCCUCGGUACUUACUGGUACGCGGCAUUCUGGACUCAGUAACGACCUACAUCCAUGUGGUCUACGCCCCAGUCCAACCAAGCCAGCGGACGGAGUUUUUCGCUAACCUCCCCCGCACCUUCGAAGAUGACUCCCACCACAUUGUGCUGGGAGAUCUGAAUACUGUUCUCUCGAGUCAGGCUCGCCAAGGUGACCGGAAUCGUGUUCAAGGUCGUGAAGCCCUAUUGGAAUGGAUGACCGCCUUACACUUGGUUGACGCUUGGCGUCUCCAACAUCCAGACCUCCCGGAAUUCACCAGUCCGAACCGCAGCUCUCGGAUUGACUACGUGUUAGUCAGUUCCAGACUCUUCCACUCCGCGGUCCAAGACGUCCAUCAUGACUUCCGUGGCUUAGCUGGUCGAGGUGACCAUACAGGAACUUCAUUCCGCCUUGGUGUAUGUUUUGGCGAAGAUCUGCCGCUGUAA